AAAUCGGUGCGUGGGAUAAUCUCACAGCCAGCGGAAGAGAUUUCGAAACUGGAGUAUCGCUUCCCUAAAUUAUCCAAGCUAUUGGAAACAAAUAUACCAACUACUGGAAAACUAUUGGAAAACGUUCCUGUACCUCAGGAAGAGUGUCUAUGUCAAUUACACAUGCCAUUGGAGAACAAAUAUACCAAUCUAAUGCCAUCAAGAACAAGAAAUUGUUUUUAUAAAAAAUUAAAUAUUAAUUAAAAAAGAUAAAAAAGCAAACAAUCAACUCCAAUAGUUGGAAAAGAAGAAAUCAUUUCUGCUAGAUAUCGGGUAACGAGGAAAUAAUCAAUCCUUCUUCAUAAAACGCUGCUUUUCUCGAGUUUCGUCAUAAUAAGUUAUUAGCCCAGUCUCUCGUAGUCUAUGAGAACAAAAGCAGUGACAAGAAGUGGCGGUGCACUCAUCUAGAAAAAAAGAAUGGAGAAGAAAAUGAAGAAGUAGAAGCAAAGAAGAAUGUUAUCACGUCAUCAAGUUACAUGCACGCUCGUGAUAGUUAAUCCAUUUAACGUGGAGUCGCUCCACUGGCACACAACUAUCACUUUUCAUCACGAAAGUCUGAUGCCCAGUGAAUUGAAAAGUAAAAUUUGCAUGCACAUAGUUCAGUGGUUGACGAUGAGAAGUUACCGAACCGUCGAACGUGUAUUAAUUAAAUAUCACCUUCCACAGAAAACUAUGCUCCACUGAACCUAUGAUAUGUUGAUGCUUUUCAGGAAAUCUAGCCAAAAACUUUUACGCGUCGAGGAAACAGGGGGUAGGAAAAAAAAAAAUAUGGUGGCCAGUUCGAUACAGCUGUUGCAGAAACGGGAUAUGCAAAUGAACAGUUAACUCGAAUGCAAGAUAGUUAUCAGACACUAAAAAAGAAGAGCUUAUACGCGACGUUACGUAAAUCAUAGGGAAACAUUACCGGUCGAUGAUCGCAACUUACUGAAUUAUUAUACAUUAAGCGAGGAGAAAUCUGCAUGUACAUACGUGAAAUCGUCGCAGAAUUUGUGACUGAAGAUGAUAAUAGAAAUGACAAGCUCCAAAUGACUGUUUCAUACGGAUUUCGUACAUACUUUUCUUUUAAGAUACAAAACUGAACGUUACAUAAUCCUAUUUUAGAAAAAAAUAGUUGAUGAGAUUAUGGAAGCACUUGGAAAUUCAUUUUGAUUUAUGGAAAUCAAAUGUGAAUUUGAUUAUUUCGAAGGAUUUUGUAGCUAAAUGAUGAAGCAGUGCAGCUGAACGACUACCGAGAGCGACGAUUAACUGUGGAAAUAUCGUAGAAUCUUGGAUACCUACGGGCAUACCGUUAUUCGAUGACAAGUAAAAAUCUCAACAAUGUCGAAGAAACGGAGGGAACAGUUUCACGGGUAAAGAGAAGAUCCAUUACCGAAUAACAAUCAUCAGUUAGCUUCUCAACGACGGUUUUCAAAAUUUAUCAGGAAGGAAUUCUCUUCUCUUGGAAAUACCUGCAAAGAAAAUAAACUAGCUAUAAGAAGUAAAAGACUAGAGAAAUGUCCUUUGUUUGAGGAAGCUGCUCAAAAGACGUUCGGUUUCGUGCAAAUAUACGGCAAUGUAGUACCGGGCACUGAGGGCCAAGAGGUGAACAAUUUCGAGCCUUCAGUGGCGAGUAAUUUCAAAGAACUAAACUACAAGAAAAAAUUAUAAAACCGGAGUUGCGAACAUAACGCAAUCCAUCGUGCGUUUCAUCCAGUCUCGCUUGAACUGUUCAGACACCAUAAAGCAUGGGCUCGGAAGCGUGGGAGCUAGAACGAAGGUACUCAGUGCCUGGAGCAUUGGAUACUAGAGGCUUAGAGGCCCCGGCUAGCGAGGAUCUUCACGCUUGGUCCAUCUAUAGGCAAAAUUUGAACUCCGACUUCACCGAUUCGGCGCUUGGAUCAGCAGAAAAAUCCCCUCUUCCCUAUGGGAACUUCCAAUUAAGAGAUUCCACAGUGCAGAGCAUUCUAAGGCAUCCUAGAUAUGGGCCAAAAAGUCCUCUGGCUAGCAAUUCGUAUACGUAUUUAAAAUUUGGUCUCCCGAGGGUACUUCCUCCUAGCUCUAGGAAUCGAGACGGAUCUAGCGGUUAUGACUCUAGCGAAGAAGGUCGCAGAGUGUCCCAUGCAGGAACAUCCGCGCAUGGGACUUCCGCUAUGAGGUCUGCCAGGAGCGACCCUGACUUUAGACACGUUCACGCUGUUCCAAGAGAACAUGCGCAUUCCCAAUUGACUGUUUCGAGGGAGAAUCCUAAGUUGAGGAGUGCCAGUGAGGCAAAUCUUCUUCACGGAGUUAUUCGAACGAAUAGGAGGCACAGUAUUGCGCCUAUAGAUCCCGGGUACGGUGUCCACGAGCCUAGAGGGCAUGGAAUGCUGGGUCCAGAAAGCUACACAUUACCUCUGAGGCCCGUGCCCUGUCUCCAACAUCCUCAUCUUCAGUUACGAGGUGUAGAGGCUUCAGGAUCCGAUGGUCUGCCUCUUCUGCGAGGGAUCACUUUGGAGGCAGGUGCCAGCGAGGUGUUGGCUAUUAUGGCUACUACGGAGAAAGAAGGAAAACAGAUCGUGGAAACGAUCGCCGGAAGGAAAAGAAUCAAGAGAGGAGAUAUUUUGCUCAAUGGGAGAUCAGUGUCCUAUAGAAUCUUAAGGUCUCGAGUUGCUUAUUUGUCCACGGAGAAUAGUUUAAGUCCAGGCUUAACCGCUCAACAGACACUGAGCUUUUAUAUGCUUCUUAGAGGAGGUCCGAACACGUCCAAACUGGAAGCCGAUGCAAUUCUCCAGGAACUCGGCCUGGAAGCAACGAAACAUUGUCUUGUGAAUUCGUUGACGACUUCUGAAGCAAGAAGACUUGCCCUGGCGUGUCGUUUGUUACAAGACUCGCAUAUCCUUGCUCUAGACAGGCCAACGCACGGCUUGGACAUUUUCGACGCGUUCUUCUUGGUGGAAUAUUUGAGACAGUGGGCUAGUAGAGGUCAACGAUUAGUAGUACUGACUUUGCACCCACCUACUUACGAGAUAUUAACGAUGGUCUCUAGAGUGGCGCUCACUUCCGGUGGAAGAAUCAUGUACUCCGGUCCUAGGAGGGAUAUGUUGCCAUACUUCGCUCUUGCAGAAUUCCCAUGUCCUCCAUUUAAGAAUCCCUCUGACUAUUAUCUUGAUUUAGUUACGCUGGAUGAUCUGUCUGCGGAAGCCAUGUUGGAAUCCUCACAGAGGAUAGAUCACUUAGCCGAGCUUGCAAGGACCAGGUUACCAGCACUAAGCGAUCCUGGACCACCUGGAGCACUUCCUCCUUCCAUUUCCAGUCCCAACAUAUUCUCACAAAUCUAUGCGUUACUUCUGAGGACUUUAAUCUACAGUCAACCGUGGACGUUGACCAGAUUACUUAGGAAAAUCGUCAUCUCUGCUUCCUUGAGUAUUUUACUUGGUGCAAUAUUUUGGGAUGUAGCUGGUGACUCGAAUUUACACCUCAGAGACCGAGUCGGCUUUCAUUACGCUACCUUAGGAAUUUUCUUCUGGCCGCUGACCCUGAUAGCCAUCUGCGAAGUAGCUGACAGCAGGCCAAAUGUGGAAAGAGAUAUCAAAGAUGGUUUAUAUGGGAGAUUUGUAUAUAUUUUACUGGAGCUCCUCUGUGGAAUAAUAUCUUGGUGCAUAGUCUAUCUGAUUUAUUUGGCACCAAGCUAUGCCAUGUCGGGAUUUCACUUGGUGCCAGAUGAGAAUCUGACUUCCCUGUGGAAUUAUCUCGGAAUUGGUUUACUGUAUUUAAUAUUGCAACAUUUAAUCUGCAUACUGUUUGCUCACACUUGCAAGUGGACAUACUUGGCUUCUCUGUUUGCUGGCAUUGUGAUUGGAGAAAUGACUUUGGCCGGAGGAGUGACCUUGCACUUGGAGAACUUGCCAGGCUGGUAUCAGAAGAUCAGUCCAAUGCAGUGGUCUCUGUCUUUGUUAUUGCCUCCGCUUCAUCAAACAGAGGUCAUGAAUAAAUUGACCAAUUGCAAGCCAAAGCAAAUACAGAGGCAGGACAUUAUAGUUCAAGCUGCCUGCGAACCACCUGAUGGUGCUCUAGCAUUGUACGAGAUUGCACUGCACAAGUUCAGUGUAAGAGGAGAAUUGUGGCUGGGUAUAGGAAUAGCUAUUGUCAGUGUUCUGAUUAUACUAGUAUUCCUGUGCAUUCGAUACACUACUCCCAAGAGACUCAGAAGUGCACCGAACAAGCCAUGAAGUGCAACAAUUAACGACUGAAUAAACAUCACCCUUAAAUCAUAAAAAACUACACACAAUAUCUCUGUAUUUUAUUAAUGUUAACUAGCAGAGUAUUCUCUUGCAAUAUUAUCAGUACAAUAAUAGAUUACCAUAAGGAGUAUACAAGGAAUUAUUCACUUCAUCGUCAAAUAUAUUUUAUGUGUUAUGCUCGCGGGCUUUGAUUUUUGUCUGUGUUAUUGUGACUUUUUAAAACGACAGGAUUUAAAAACUCGCAAAAUAGACUUGAACAAUGAAGUUCCAAAGCCUGACGGGCCGAUACACCUUGCAGUUUCUCUCCUUCAAAUGCUUUAAAAUAAUCUGUACUUUGUAUUUGCUUUGAAAUAAUCAAAUCAACCGAGGAAAUCUAAAAUAAAACACAAAUGAAUUAAAA